GAUCAUCGUGUAACUCCCCUUGUCUCUCCUCCUCCUCCUCCUCCUGCUCCUCCUGCUUCGUGGAUCGGUCAGUCUCCUUCGUGAUUUCGGGAUCGUGCGGACUCACGCCGCAGGUUCCUGUGCGAAUGGUUACAUGACGCCACUGUCACCAGGUUUCGGGAGUUUCAGUCUAAUGUGAACCGGGGACCUCUCAGCCGGUCAUCAUGGGAUGUGGCACCUCCGUUACCACGGAAACACAAGGGAGGAGAGUGGAAACGGAUGAAGCCGUGAAGACGACCCCCCCGGCUCUGACCAUGAAGGCGGCGGUUUUGAUCCAGCGAUGGUACCGGCGCUACAUGGCCCGUCUUGAGAUGAGACGCAGGUACACGUGGAACAUCUUCCAGUCGAUAGAGUACGCCGGAGAGCAGGACCAGCUGCAGCUCUCCAGUUUCUUCAGUUUCAUGCUGGACAACGUCACUCAGCUGAAUGGAAGUGGGCCAGACCUGAUCUCCCAGCUGCUGGACCCGCUGGUCGACCCCUGGCUGGACAGAGAGAGGUGCUACGACCAGAUCCCCGUUCCAGAGUCGUACACCGGACCCCGACUCUCGUUUCCUCUCUCCGUCUCGGACACGAACGCUCUGCUCGGUGCAUUCAAAGAGCAGCAGACCCUGCACGCCAGAUAUGUUCUGCAGCUGCUGUACGAGACCAAAAAGCUCCUGAAGCAGAUGCCCAACAUCAUCCACCUGUCAACCUCCUACAUCAAUGAUAUCACGAUAUGUGGUGAUCUACACGGGAGGCUUGAUGAUUUACUGCUCAUAUUUUAUAAGAACGGCCUCCCCUCCGCGGAGACGCCAUAUGUGUUUAACGGGGACUUUGUGGACCGUGGGAAAAAGUCAAUCGAAGUGGUCGUCCUCCUGUUCGCGUAUCUUCUGCUCUACCCCGACUACAUGCACCUGAACCGGGGAAACCACGAAGACCACAUCAUGAAUCUCAGAUACGGGUUCACAAAAGAGGUGAUGCAGAAGUACAAGACUCACUGCCACGAGAUCCUGCAGCUGUUUCAGGACAUUUUCAGCCUCCUGCCCGUCGCAACAGUCAUCGACGGGAAGAUCCUGAUAGUACAUGGAGGAAUAUCGGACCAGACUGACCUGGACUUCCUCAGCUCCAUAGAGAGACACAAGGUGAAAUCUGCCCUGAGGUUUCCCCGACGCAGUCUGGAGCAGCUGGACAUCGGUCAGUCCAGCAGACAGGCCAAAAGAAUGAGGUUGACAGGCGGCUCUCGUCCCGGCAGCAGUCGAAGCCAAAGCAAGAACCAAAGGAACCAGUUGACACCCAGUCUGAGGAAGAGGCAACGUGGGCUCAACCGACAAGACAGCGCCGCCUCCAGUUCUUCCUCCUCCUCGUCCUCAUCCUCUUCCAUCUGCUCACCUCGGACCCCAUCCUGCCUCUCGCCUCGUCCGUGCCCAUCUUCUCCCAGCAUGCCUUACACCAUCAAUGUCCUCCAAGUGCCUUUCCUGGACUCUCUGUCCUCUGUCACCCCUCCGGCACCGCCGCGGCAUGAUCGGGAAUGGAAACAGAUAGUGGAUAUAUUGUGGAGUGACCCUAAAUCCCAAGCAGGCUGCAGUCCCAACACGUUCAGAGGAGGAGGCUGCUACUUCGGCCCUGACAUCACCCAGAGGCUGCUGCUCCAACACGGACUCCAGCUGCUCAUCAGGUCCCACGAGUGCAAACAGGAGGGAUACGAGCUCUGUCACGGUGGACAGGUGAUCACCAUUUUCUCUGCGUCCAACUACUAUGAGGAGGGAAGUAACCGCGGUGCCUACAUCAAACUGGGCAGGGAGCUGGUUCCCCGCUUCUACCAGUACCAAGUCAGCCGCACAACACGCAAACUCACCCUGACUCAGAGAGUCCGAGUGGCUGAAGGCUCUGCUCUCAGGGCCUUGAAGGAGAAGCUGUUCACCCAUCGCUCUGAGCUGGUAACGGGCUUCCAGCAGUUCGACCAGAACAGCACCGGUCGUUUGUCGGUCAGUGAGUGGGCUCAGGUGCUGGAGUCCGUGCUGAGACUGGACCUGCCCUGGAGGACUCUCCGUCCACACUUGUGCCGUCUGACAGCAGAUGGCAGUGUGGAGUAUCAGUCCUGCUUUGAGGACAUGAGCACAGGGAUUCCUCUGCCUACGGUCGCUCCAAACUUGGCUGAAACUCUGUUCAGAUACAGGACGGACAUCGAGAUAAUAUUCAACAUUAUAGACAAAGACCAUUCAGGUCUGAUCUCCACCGAGGAGUUCCGUCACACCUGGCGUCUGUUCAGCGCUCACCUGGGCGUGGACAUCGACGACAGGGCCAUCGAUGAGCUGGCUCGCAGUAUCGACUUCAACAAGGACGGCAGCAUAGACUUUACUGAGUUCCUGGAGGCAUUCAGAGUCGUACACAAACUGGACAUCAAGGAUCAGCCACUCAAGUGUUCGUGAAGGGGAUUGAUCGGAAUACCGAAAGGUGGAAGUUGCGAUCAGUAAAGAAAAGAAUGGAAAGUAGGAAAACAACAAUAAUAAAAAGACAUUCCCACAUCUCAUGUGAAUCAGUUUAGAAGUUUUAGAGUAAAUCAGCUGAUAUAACAUAACGAUGUACUUUCAUUUAUAGUAUGGGUUCAAAUUAGUGUCACAAGUUGUUUCUGAACAUUGCUUCACAAACAGCUUGUAGCUGUAAAUACGGUUUGUACAUGUAUAUCAACAUUUGCAUUUGUAGAAUGUAUUUGUAUAAAAAAGUACAUGUGUAGAGGGGAUUUGUAUUCGUAUAAAAACAUUGAGAGUGAAUAAAACAUGUUAACAACUGAAACGCUGAAGUUAAAAUGAUGAAUUAUGACAAAAAGAGUCCAAUCAGGGUGCAGGUGGUUCUGUCAUCUUCAUCGGAAAAAUGUGUGAAAAAUAGAUCAACUAUAGCGUUUGUUGUCCAGUACAGCUUACCUCAGUAACAACAGGACACUGAAUCAACACACUUCUCACAAAAACUUCAUGUAACUGUAUGAGGGUGGAUCAUAUGUAGGUGAAUCAGCUGAUACAAGUUGUACAGGUGAUGUUCCUGAAGUGGGAACACACACAGGAAUAGAAACAAAUAACACACAGCUAAAGUUAGUCUUGUACAACUGUUUACUAAAAUGGGUUUUUUAGAGUACUUUAUAUUUCUGUGUUUCUUCACUGUGCUUCAGUAUGUGUGUGUGCGUGUGGUCCAGUUAUUGCUCAUGUUGUGAGGACCUCAAUCUGUUACAUUAUGGGACAUCGUCUUCAAAUAUGGGGACAAAAAGGAAAUUCCAACGAUGUAAAUCCUUACAUUGUAACGUGUGUGUGUGUGUGUGUGUGUGUGUGUGUGUGUGUGUGUGUGUGUGUGUGUGUGUGUGUGUGUGUGUGUGUGUGUGUGUGUGUGUGUGUGUGUGUGUGUGUGUGUGUGUGUGUGUGUGUGUGUGUGUGUGUGUGUGUGUUUUUCAUAUGACUCUGGAACCAUGCUUACUGUAAUCACCACACGGUGAAGUUGUAAAACAGGCCCGAGUAAAUAGUAGGUUCCGAUUUUUACAGUAGGCAUACAUGAACACAUACAUGCACACAGACAGUGAAACAUGUACAGGUGGUCUUAUCAUCAUGGAGGUCUCCAUGGUUACUCUGUUAUCCGAGUGCAUGUGAAUGAAUAAUAGUCAAAAAGUAUAAAAAUGUCACCCCAUGUCAGAGGGAGUGUUUUAUGACAAACAUACAUUUAUUUUAAUCACUUUCAUAGAGAUUCAUAC